AUGCCUCCCCCUUUCCGAUCCCUUGCCCGGUCCUCAGCAUCAACUUCUCUUGGGCAGUGCCCUCCCUGUUUUCCUCUCCCUUUCCCCCUGUCCUCCUCUCCCUUUCCCCCUGUCCUCCUCUCCCUUUCCCCCUGUCCUCCUCUCCCUUUCCCCCUAUCCUCCUCUCCCUUUCCCCCUGUCCUCCUCUCCAUUUCCCCCUGUCCUCCUCUCCCUUUCCCCCUGUCCUCCUCUCCCUUUCCCCCUGUCCUCCUCUCCCUUUCCCCCUGUCCUCCUCUCCAUUUCCCCCUGUCCUCCUCUCCCUUUCCCCUUGUCCUCCUCUCCCUUUCCCCCUGUCCUCCUCUCCCUUUCCCCCUGUCCUCCUCUCCCUUUCCCCCUGUCCUUCUCUCCCUUUCCCCCUGUCCUCUCCAUUUCCCCCUGUCCUCCUCUCCAUUUCCCCCUGUCCUUCUCUCCCUUUCCCCCUGUCCUCCUCUCCCUUUCCCCCUGUCCUUCUCUCCCUUUCCCCCUGUCCUCCUCUCCCUUUCCCCUUGUCCUUCUCUCCCUUUUCCCCUGUCCUCCUCUCCAUUUCCCCCUGUCCUCCUCUCCCUUUCCCCCUGUCCUCUCCCUUUCCCCCUGUCCUCCUCUCCAUUUCCCUCUGUCCUCCUCUCCCUUUCCCCCUGUCCUCCUCUCCCUUUCCCCCUGUCCUCCUCUCCCUUUCCCCCUGUCCUCCUCUCCCUUUCCCCCUGUCCUCCUCUCCCUUUCCCCCUGUCCUCUUCUCCAUUUCCCCCUGUCCUCCUCUCCAUUUCCCCCUGUCAUCCUCUCCCUUUCCCCCUGUCCUCCUCUCCCUUUCCCCCAGUCCUCCUCUCCAUUUCCCCCUGUCCUUCUCUCCCUUUCCCCCUGUCCUUCUCUCCCUUUCCCCCUGUCCUUCCCUCCCACCUUUCCUCCCCCUCUCUCACAUCCCUUCCCUUUCCUACUGUCCUCUCCCACCAUUCACGCUUCUCUCAGCCAUCCCUUUCCCCCCUCCCCUGCCCCUCGCCUUCCCCCACUACCGUCCCUUCCCUUUCCACUACGUUCUCUCGUUCAAUUCAGCCAACAUACAUUCAGAUUCACGAUCAAAUCAGGGCAGCGAACAGAAACGCAGCAGGCAGCAACGCGUCGUCGUCUCCGCCUCUUCGGUUCAUCACCUACGAAUGGUUCGACAACUGCGGAGGGCUAGGGGACUCCCUGCUAGGCCUCGCGUCCACGUUCGCCGUGGCGCUGAUCAUGCGGCGCGCGUUCAUCAUCCGCCAUCCGUGCAUCCCGUUCGCGUUCGAGCCCAACCUCGUGGACUGGACGCCGUCCCCCGACGUGCCCAUGGAGCCCGCGCGCGAGAUCGCCAUGGACCGAGCCGUGGCGCGGGUGGCGGCGUGGGAGAAGCUGCAGGCGGCGGACGAGGUGCCGAUGAUGGACUUGCGCAACCUGUUCCUCUUCGACCUCGCCUUCUUCUUCCACCCCUUCCACGACGCCGUCAACAUGCGCCUCUCGUGGAACCGCGGCGAGCUCACGGAGCUGCUCACGGAGGAGCAAGGGCCGUGGGGCGAGUGGAUGCGCGCCACAGGGCUCCGCGUGCCCUACUCCGUUGGUUGCAUCCUGCGCUUGCUGCUCAAGCCCAAGCCUGAAGUGACGAAGCUGUUGGACUCGUUGUGGGGCGAGACACAUGCACCCUACACCGUCAGCAUUGGGGUUCACGUCAGGAUUCAAGAUGAAACGGCAUGGCAAGGUGAGAGGAAGCUAAGGCCCAAGGAGUACAAUUCCACCGAGCUUCAGGAGCUUCUGGAAACGGCAGCUCCAAUCAUUGGGUGUGCCCAGUCAGUGGAGGCGUGGUGGUUUCCACCACCGCUGAGGGUGCGGUGGGUGCUCAUUACCAACUCGGGGCAGCUCAAGGACUCGCUCAAGCAGCAGCUGCCGGAUAAGGUGCUGUUCACGGGCUUUGUGCCACGGCACUCGGAGAAGUUGGGCGACAUAUUGCUGAGGGAGCGCGGGUACAACCACUUUGCGGGCAACGCCUCCGAUGCCGUGCUGCUGCACGACUACGAGGAGGCAGCGGUGCGCGAGGCCAUGGCGCACGGGGAGGACGUGGCGCAGGUGAACCACACACACAUCCACGAGGCCGUGCUCGCCAACCUCACUGCUGCCGGCAAACUCACGGGCUCCGUGCACAGAGGGGAGGAAGGAGGUGAGGCUGACGAGGCGGAGAGGAAGAGCGCGGCGGUGAUGGACUUUCGCGAGAUGGUGGCGGAGUGGCUGCUGCUCUCCACCUGCCACUCCUUCGUGCUGCCCGAGUCCGGCUUCUCCCGCUCUGCCGCGCUCUACUCGCUGCGCCCCAUGAGCAUCUUCUUCUACCAGCGCUGCGACCCUGAGGCCCCCGAGAAGCUCACCGACAUGGCCAGCACUUGGAGUAGAGUCUGA